AUGAAAUUGUUACUUGCUCUUAUUUUUGGAUUUCUAUCAGUAAUAACAACAAACAAAGUAAUCCGGGAUUCGGAUACAGAUGAAAAUCAGAAAAAUGUUGCCCCAUUGGAUUUGAAAGGAACAUUGAAAAGGUCAUUUGCAGCGGAAGUCAUGUUGCUGAACAUGCGCGAGAAUGUGGUUUGCUCACCGUUAUCAGCGCUGCUGCCACUAGGCAAAUUGAUCCUUGGCACUGAUCCGGGUGAGAGUCGAGAUGAGAUGUUGAAAGCUGUUGGAGUCAAAAAGUCAUCAAUUAAAUGGACGUUCAGAGAGCUGUACGAGAAGUUGAAACACCUACCAGGGGUUACCCUCUCAGUGGCGAGCAGGCUGUACGUCAGUCGUUCCAUCGAAAUAUCCAAAAAGUACGAGCUGAUAACCAACAAAGUGUUCCACUCCACCGUGGAGAAGUUGAACUUCGACAACAAACAUUUGUCUGCGAACGUCAUCAAUGAUUGGGUUAGUUCUCAAACGAAUGGAAUGAUCAAAAACAUAGUUACACCGAUGGAUAUUAGCAGAGACAGCGCAAUGAUAUUGGUCAACGCAAUAUAUUUUGCUGGUCGCUGGACAGAGCCAUUCAAAAAGGUUUUUGUGGGAGAUUUUCACUCUCCUGUUGGACUACGCCGGAUUCCUAUGAUGAAACAAAAGAAAACGUAUAACUAUGCAGAAAGUAAGGUCUUAAAUGCAAAGAUAAUUGAAAUACCCUACGAAGGUGAGAAAGCGUCAUUUGUGAUGGUGCUCCCGCUUUCCAAGUCUGGUCUGCCGAUGCUGUUGAGCGAGCUGAAGCUGGCCCCUGAGCUGCUCAACAAGGAGAUGAUGACGAUGACGCAGACGAAGCUCACACUGACCAUGCCCAAGUUUAAGAUACAGACAGAACUUGACCUCAAAGCUCUAUAUAAAAAGAUUGGGGUAAAAAGCGUAUUUCAGAAAGAUUCUGGCUUAAAUCGUAUAUCAACAGACAGUCAAAUUAAAUUGUCUAAAGCUGUUCAGAAAGCAUGCAUCGAAGUGUUUGAGAGGGGGACGGAGGCAGCUGCGGCUAGUGCAAUACAAAUUGAACAGACAUCUUUGCAUCUCAACGAGCCAGUGUUUUUAGCCGAUCAUCCGUUUUUGUUCUUCGUCACAGCAGAGAGGCAACAGUUGUUUGCUGGCAUCUUUAACAUCGGUUGAAGUAUUGUAACGGUAAAAUUUAAAUUUGAACAUGGCAAACAUUAAAAAGUUAUUUAUUCAUUUAUAUUUUUCCUAAAAAAGCAGUGUGAAUAAGUCUGCCGGUUACUAUUAUAUAAUAUUUUCCGGUAUCCAAUUACGGCAAUGAAAUUGACCAUAGAUUUACAUUGAACAUUGAUGUUCUAAUAAAAC